AAACGUUUAAAAUACAUAGCUUGAAAGAGCCGAAUGUCUCGUGGCGCAGGAUUUUCCCGCAAGUUGAAGUUCUUUCGCGCGAAGUUUAACCUGAGAGCAUGAAGUAAUGUGAUCUACAGGACAACCCCAGGCGUACUUACACUAUCCCAUCCAAUCAGCAAGAAACAAUUAAAUAUGUCAGAAGAAUCAACAGACAAUGUCACCUUUCAGCGACCAAGUUCCACCUACGAGAACCUGUCCACUCGAUUUCUGCAGAAGGACAGGAAUUUUCAGCGGCAGUAUGCGCAUCUCUACGCUGAACGCUUGUGCUCCAUGCGUCCUCGAUUGUUGGAGACUGCCAAAAGGAGAUGGGGAGAGUCAGUUGUGAUGCGCAAGUUGUAUGAGAUGAAGGCAGAAGAGAAGUGCUGCAUUGUUGGGACACUUUUCAAGAGCAUGGAGCUGAAGCCCAGUAUUCUCAAGGAGAUCAGCGAGGACCAUAACUUGGUACCCCAACCAGCAAGGGACAAGUACAUUGCAGACUCGGACACACUAAUAUUGGAAGAUGAACUCCAAAGGAUCGUUUUAGUUGGCAACGUGGACGUGCAAAAAGCCAUCACUGGUGUUGUGGUAGCAGUCAGUGGUCACGAGAGAGAUGACGGCAAGUUUGAGGUGGACGAUUUCUGCAUGGCCGACCUGCCAGUCCAGCUACCACCCAAGCAACUGGACGAAGACAGGUAUGUUGUACUGGUGUCUGGCCUGGGUCUCGGCGAGGAGGGUCACCAUCUCAUGAACCUUCAGCUUCUGCUGGAUUUAAUCACGGGUCAGCUAGGGAGCCCCGAGGAGCAGGAAGUCUACUCCAAGGUCGUGCGGGUCAUCAUCGCCGGUAACAGUCUGAGCCGGAACACGCAGCAGACAGAUGUCCUCAGCACGGCCAAAUAUCUGAGUCGUAAAGUCAAGGCGGGUACCGUGGAAGCGGUGAAGGCCUUGGACGAUGUACUAGCGCAACUAGCAAGCUGUGUCGCUGUGGACGUGAUGCCAGGCCCAUCCGACCCGGCCUUUUGCUUCCUACCCCAGCAGCCUCUGCACAGAUGUAUGUUCCCUCAGGCGUCUGUCUAUCCCACAAUGCAGUCUGUCACCAAUCCCUACGAGGCAUCCGUCGAUGGUGUCAGGUUUCUUGGCUCCUCGGGCCAGAACAUUACAGACAUAUUCCAGUACACGGACAUGGAGGAUGGCAUUGGAAUCUUGGAGGCUACCCUAAGUGCCAAUCACAUCGCUCCUACAGCUCCCGACACACUUGCCUGUUAUCCUUACUACAAUGAGGAUCCGUUCAUCAUGUCGGAGUGUCCACAUGUCUACUUUGCCGGCAACCAGACCAAAUUCCAAAGUAGAAUUUUCAAAGGUAAUGCUGGGCAGAAAGUCUUAUUAGUGACGGUCCCGCGAUUUGUCAGCAGUCAUGCCUGCGUGUUGCUGAAUCUACGCAAUCUGCAGUGCACCCCUGUCGUGUUCUCAAGUAACAUCGGCUCAGAGUGAGAUGCCCGACAGCCUCGUGUCAAAUUUCUAGGAUCUCCCAUGCACACAAGUCAUGCUUAGCAUUAACGUUUUGCGGUAAGCAGAGAUUGGUUUCAAGCCAAAACAUCAUGUGAUUGUGACUGCUUCUCAAUUUUUGCACAGUGUGUUCAUUGGCUAUAAAGCACAAUUGUUCUGCUUUAUUCAAAGUCCAAAAGCGAACAAGACCAAGAAAAGGUUUUGAAUGCCAUUCGUGUGGAAUUUUCAUAAUGAAAACCAGGCUACAUGCAAAACCAGUACAGAUUUCACGUUAUGAAAUAUAUUUAUUUUUUGACGCUCGCGAAAGUUGCAGUUACACCGUAAAGCUAAAAGGCCCUUCAGACAACUUCCGAGAUUCGGGGUGGGGUUUCGAUUACGGGUAUCCGAGUACCCGUGUUUUACUUCAAUAGUGUAACCUGUUUCCGUACUACCCGUAAAUGCGCACCAUUACCUAUAACUAGCACUGAUAAUACAUGGACACAACAGUAACAUCAAAAAUCGAGUUUAUUUCAUUUCACUGAGAUUAACAUGUACGGAGUGUAAUUGGUCGUGGCUGUAUGCCAUUAAGAAUCAAUGAAAACUAAGUUGUGAAUACUACAAUUGUUUACCAAUUUCAAUAAUUGUAUCCCAAUAAAAGUCUUAAACCCCAAUUGGGGGUUUGCUGCAUAUAUAUUAAGUUAUA